AUGAUUAUCAAUCGAAUUUUAAAUUUAAUCGAAUUUAUCGUCAUUAUGACGGUGUUGACAUGUAUUGUAUCUCAACAACAUCAACGACAAUUAUCAUCAUCAUCAUCAAAUCAAUUAUUUCAUAUUGUUACAGCAUUAAAACCAUUUCAUUCUCAACUAUGUCAAUUUAAAUUUGAAAAUUGUAUUCAAGAUUCUUCAUAUGCUGAUCAAUUAAAUAAUCAUUGUAAUAUAUAUUCACGUUUACGUGAUUGUUUUCGUUCAUUACUUGAUGAAUCUCAAUGUUUAUCAUUACAACUUAAACAUGAAUAUAAAAAAGCUAAACAAAAUGAAUAUGAAGCAUGUGGUGUUAGAUCAUCAUAUGAAUCUAUACGUUCAUCAUUUUAUACUUCCUCAUCAUCAAAAUUGAAUAUUACCUAUCUAACAAUAUUCAUUCUAUUCAUUAUAUUUAUUUCUUGA